CCCCGCACAGUCCGCCGUCGCCACCGCCGUCAUCGCUUUCGGGUCGGUUAGAACUUCGGUAUCGGUUCGUCUCCUCUAAAUUAUUGUUUAUUUUUUUGGAUAUUUUUUCUUUCUUUUAUAUUUUACCCAAAAUCCAAAUUCGGCACGUCCGGCAAACCGUUUUUUUUUUCGCGCCCGGCUCGAAGACAAAAACCCUUUCCGGUCCGUUCGUUCGUGCGUUCAUUUCUGUUUUUUUUUUUGUUUUUGGUACUACUUAUAUAUGUAGUAUAAAUAUAUAUAUAUAUAUACAUAUAACAAGCCGUACAAGACGGAACCGGAAUUGGACCGUUCGAGUCGCACGUCACGUCUCGUUCUCGUGUCAUUGUUCACGAUGCAGACCGUAAACGGCCUCGGCGGUCGUUGCGCAUAAAAUCAGCCAAUCGAACGUGGUCGACGACACAGCAGCACGUGCACGAUGAAGCCGUUCGUGGUGGCCGUGGUGGGAUUGACGGUGCUGGCCGUAGGGGCUUUCCGCUGUGCCAUGUGUCUGCAAAACGGUGAUGGAAAGCAAAAUUCAGUUCCCAAAGACGACGGGAAAACGAUGAAAAAACCGCCGACGACCGUUCAAACGUCCACAUUAUCUACUCUGAACGUUACAAACGCAACCGUGACCAGCAGCACUACAGCUGUGGCCGACAUGUCGAAUACGACACACAACAGUGUUUUGGACGACCUACAAUUACAACGGUCUCUGCUCAAGCCUAAGUUCUUGACGGAAAACUCUUCCACGGUUGUCGCCCAAACCGGAGCCUCCAGUCGGAUAUCGUGUCUGGUCGCAAACUUAGGAGACUGCGUGGUUUCCUGGAUUCGAAGACGGGAUUAUAGACUACUCACAGUCGGUCUAUCAACGUACACAGAAGACUUGAGGUUUCAGUCGUUACAUCACGUUCAGACAGGGGAUUGGACGUUGCAGAUAAAAUACGUCCAACUGCGAGACGCCGGCCUAUACGAGUGUCAAAUAUCGUCUCAUCCGCCAAAAAGCAUUUUCAUCAACCUGAAAGUAGUCGAAGCUCAAGCCGAGAUCGCCGGUGCUUCCGAGAAGUAUCUGAUGCUGAACAGUCCGUUGCACUUGGAGUGCGUGGUCCGGCAGAGCCCGGUCGACCCGGUGUACAUCUUCUGGUACCACGACAGCCGGAUGAUCAACUACGACAUCGACCGAGGCGUCAACGUCACUACAGACUUGCCAAACAAGCACAGCGCCCUGUACAUAGACCGUGCUUCCCGAGAGCACUCGGGCAACUACACUUGUGCGCCCAGCAACGCGUUCCCGGCAAACACAGUUAUACACAUACUGAACGGUGAAAACCCGGCGGCCAUGCAACACGGCCACGGCCGAAGUCUGAACAUGCUGAGUUGCCCGUCUAUUUGGAUACUCAUACCGUCUCUGGUCGCGUUCGUUAACUCCAAUUAUUCAUAUUAAUCUUGCACAAUGUCUCGGGGGGGUGGGGGGGGAUAUACAACACAAUACCACUGCUGAAUCCGAAUCGGACCCUUUGUAAAUACUACUUAUUUCCUCUACUGAUAGUCUCUUUUUCGGAUGAAUGUUUUAUACGUACCACCCAAUAUAAUGUUAUUACAUAUUUUUUUUUUAUUAUUAUUAAAGUUAAAGUACAAGCAUUUGUGCUAAAUAAUUAUACACACAUAUGACUUUGAAAAAAAAAAAACGGUGGAGAGACCGCCCCGUGGCGGACUCCUGCUGACUUUUCAUAUAAUUAUUAUUAUUAUUGUGUUAAACAAUGUUAAUGUUAUUAAUGACAAUUAAAUUGACGAUUUAAUAUUCAAUCGAUGAUUAUUAUAUAAUACUCUUAACAAUUAUAAUGUAAAAUAUUGUAAAUACAAAAAAGCAAAAGAACAUAAUAGUACGGUGUAUGAUUAAUUUUUUUGACCGUUUGAUUUAUUUGUGUGUAAGCUCUGUCUCCCGAGAGAACGGUACUGCGCAGAAACCAAAGCGCAUUACUAUCGUGUGCGCAUGCGCAGAGAAAGGAAAACAGCAGUGACGUGUUUUGGUUUCUGCGCAGUACAGUUCUCUCGUGAGACAGAGUAUAAUAAUAAUAUGCGUAUUAAAUCCAAUAAAUUCGUUUACCGGUUAUCAAAUAUGUAUAUAUGGUAGAUACAGUGUGUAUCUAAAAAACAUGUCACUGGCGUUAUCCGAGUAUUUGAUUGUUUUUUUUUUAUGUGACUCGGAUGGUUGAACAUAUAAUAUACUUUACACUAGGGUUGGGCCUAUCCGGAUAUUCGAAUUAUCGGAUAAUUCGGAUACGGAUAUCAAAAACUAUCCGGAUAGUUUCGGAUAUUCAUUUUAUUUUUAUAAGACAAAUAUACCUUAAUAAUAUACAGUGUUUUUAAACAUACCGAAUAAUAAAAUAAUGACACCUAAUUAAAUUUUACUAUUACAUGAAUGAUUUUUAGAUAUAUCCGUGUCAGUGGUUGUUAACCGACUAUUCGGUCUCUUUGCAGAGUCCAUCCUCAGGGUUGUCACGACUGUUCCGCUGCCGGUUAUUGGUUAAUAACCACUGACGCGGAUAUAUCUGAAAAUCAUCCACGUGAUAUUUCAACCCGUGAAAGUUUCAAAAAAUACAUAAAUUUGAGUACUCAAAAAAAUAUAUUCGGCUGGUUAAAAAUUAAAUGAAUAUCCGAAACUAUCCGGAUAAUUUUUAACUAUUCGGAUAGUUUUGGUUCUACGGAUAAUUGAAAUAUUAUUUGAUAUCCGGAUUUCGGAUAUCCGGAUAUCCGCAAAAUCCGAAUAUUAGUCCCAACCCUACUUUACACUAUACAAAAAAAAAAUAAUAAUAAUAAAAGAGCACAUCUUUUUAGGUAAGCGAACAAAAUAGCGAACGCGUUUUUUGUUUUUUAGCUGAAAAAUAUAUUUUUUUGAAAAUUAAAUAACGACUAUUAAAAUAAUUAAUACAUAAAAACCGCAUCAAAAAUGGUAUUCCAAUUUUUUUUUUAAACUAUAAUUGUACAAACUAUAACAGUAGUGACAUGUCUUUUAUGUACAUUUCAUCUUGUACAUUUUUUUCAAUCUGUAUAAAAUAUAUAGAGGUGAUUAUAUGACGUGUAUUUGCAUUUUAAAAUCAAGAAACAUUAUUGUAGUAUAAUAUUAUUAACGGAUUAUUUACAUCAUAUUAAUUGUAACGUUAUAUUAUGUCGUACUUUAAAUAAUAAUAAAAAAAAACUAGCGUUUUUAAAUUGUUUUUAUACACAUUUACUGCUCACGCUACGUACGGAGCUACCGUUUCUUUAAAAAUAUUGUUAACUAUUUUUGUUUAAAUGUAAAAACCGUUGUAGUAUUUUAAAGCCUCAUCACUUCACGGUCUGGCGAAUUAUUUUUUAUUUGUAUUCGUAGCAAACGAGUUACAUAUUAUAAUACAACUGUUUUGGAAAUGUUUUAUACACCACUUUGUUGAUUUUAAGCUUGUAAGUUGUGGAAACUAUCGUUAGUGUUACCCAUGUAUUUGUUACCCAUUUGAAAAAUCUACAUGAACUAAGUUUGAAAAAAAAAACCUAACCAAUUUGUUCAUAUUGUAAUUAAUGUUAGCGUUGAGAAAACUGUUAAAUUAUAUUUAUUAUAAACCGAUACAGAUGUUA